AUGAAGAGAGCCAGUGGGGUGCUGCUGCUUGGCUUCGUUUUGCUUCUAUCAACAUGUGUUCAAAGAAGCCAGUAUGACAGCGGCUUUGCUGUGCCGAAGCAGGCUGGUUCACAUGUCGCUCGUCAGAGAGCAGGUUUGGAUAUCCAUACGUCUGCUGCGGGGAGUGUCGAUGUAAUAGUGGCCAGAAAGGGGGGAGACUGGGUGCACACACCAGGCCAGGUGCUUGAGCCAACGCAGGAGGAAUGGAAACUUGCUGCACUGCUCAAAGAUAGAGGUGAGCAAAGGAAUGGACAGUGGCAAAAACUGCUUGCCAACUACACUGGGUCAAAUCCAGUAGUCCUUGGUGCUGCAAUGCAUGCAGCAAUCAAACAGAGAGAAUAUGAAGAAGGCCUGAAGAUCUAUAGAAGGCUCAGGUGCAUGACAGUAGCUGAGUUUUCGAUUGCAAUGAAGCUUCUUGGAAAACUUGGUCGCUUUGAUGAAGUGGAACAGCUUUGGGGACAAUUGGUUGAGCUGGAUUUGGUCAAUCAAGUGCUUGCUGCAGUACGGAUCGAUGCUGCAGCAGAUGCUGGAGACAUUCAGGGAGCAGAAGCUGUCCUGGACUACAUGGUGAAGAAUAGCAUGGAGGACACUAAAGGAAAUUAUUGCAGACCUGAAGAAGCUGGAUUUGUCUGA